AUGAAAGUAGGCAGAGCAACUGCUAUUAAGAAGGUUUCCUCCAGUUUUUUCUACAAAAAACCCUCUAUUUCAAUUGAAAUUCAGCAGAAUUACGCGUCUGUGAAGAAGAAGUCCCGAGAUCCUAAGAGGAGAGGGAAGUUAUCAAAGACUAAAAAUAUUUCAAAAAUUGAGGUCUUUGAUCGAUCCAAUAUGACUGGAAAUAAAUCUGUUAUGCAUAAUUCGGUUCAGCAGACGAGUUUUUCCAGUAAGAAUAGCUUUGGGAUUCGAACAGGAGGUUCAUUCUUUCCUCAUUCUAAGACAAGGAAUACUUCUCCGCAGGUGAAUAAAUGCAGUCCUCGCUCUAUGAUGAAUAUGAAAUCCAAGAAAAUUCUGUACAAGUCCUUUAUUAAGGAGUUUAAACUCGCUACUGAGAGGUUUGGAGCUUCUCUUUCUAAGCAAGACAUGAGAGACAUCCUUCAUGAAAUGCACUACCUUGAUUCUAAAUCUGAGCAGGCUGUGAAAGAAACAAGAUAUAUAGACUAUUUGUUCAGAAUCACGAAGGGACUCAAGGAAAAUUUUAAGGCAAUUCUUCUAUGAAUCGAGUCAUUCUAUCAGUUUCAUUAUAUGCAUAUACAGAAGGAAAAUAAACAGGAAUUUAGUGCGAUUAAAAGAACCCAGCGGUUGCCUUUCCAGAUACAGCAAAGCCCGCAAAGAACCAAUGAAAGCGUAGGUUAUAAGUACCAAAACUCAGCUAAAAUGUCUCCAACAUGUCGUUCUCCAAGAUCAGCUGUAAUUAAAUAUGAUAGCUCAAGUAAAAUCAUCGAAAUACCUGAAGAAUAUGAGGAUUUUAUUAAAAGGAAGUUUUCAACUUUAUGCAUGAACAGGAAUUCUAAGCGAAACCCUGGCUUUAAGGUAUCUGGUAAGAACUCACCUAUUUCUACAAGACAGGAGCUGAGAUCAGCUAAAAAUCUUAAUUUCUCCUCUUACUUGACUAUAAAAUCGUCUAAGAUAAGUACUAGCAAUUAUGAAGAUAAGGAAAAUAUUCCAAAGACUUCCAAGAAUUCUAUCAAGAGGAAUGUACUUAAGAGGAUCUCAAAGACCCUUUUGAGGCCAUCCUCUCAUGAAGGUCGAAGUAAACAGCUGAAUAAGGUUAGAUUAGUUAAGAAGUCGACACCUCAGGUCAAUGUGGUCAAGGUUUCCAGGAAUUUUUCCAAUAAAAAUAAAAAUAAAUGUGAGAGGAAGCUGUUUCAAGAGAAACAGCAGAUAAAACCACAGAUAAAAUCUCAAGGGAAACCUCAAUAUAAGCCUGAAAGAAAGCCUCUGAUCAACCAUGAACUCUCAAAGAAGUUAAAGAACCACUCUUUAUAUUCUGGAGAUCAAAAGUUCCGAAGAGUCGAGGUAGAUCUUGACUCAGAUUCUGAUAGCAAUGCACGGAGUAAUUUCCUCGACCAGUCGGUGGACAAAAUUGAGAAGAAACAACAGAAUUAUGUAGCAAAUUCAAUGAACAGUGAUGAGACUGUACUAAUUUCUGCUACUAAAAAUUUGAACCCUUCCAAGCAAGCUACUGGAAGUAUGGAUAUCUCUACUGCAUCAAAUGAGAUGUCACAUGCUGCUGAGAAACCUUUUAAUAAUAUGGAGUCGUUAAGUACUGUUCCAGCAAAUACGAGUCAUAAUACGUGAGAGGUUGAUACAGAAGCAAAUCCUCAACUUGAACCUCCUCAAGAGGAGAUGUUAAGGCUGAGGGAUAUCACCAACAGGACCUCUCAUGAUCCCGAGAGAGAACUCGAGACUGAUGAGGACUUACCUCUUCAAAAGUACGAUCCUUAUGUUGAGGAGUUGUUUUUAAUCGAAAAAUAUAAAGAUCAGAAACGAGAAAUAUUAUCAAAAGCUAAAGAAAAUAAAUCAAGCCAGCAUCUUGAGAAAAUAAUGGAAGCUGAGAAUUCUGAAUAUGAAUCAAGUACCUUCGAUGAUAGAAUGCAAAAUAGUAAUAUAGCGAACCCUAGUAUUAUAAGUACUCCUUGAAAAUAACUCGUGAAAGUAUGAUUACUUCACUACAGAGGAUCCUUGUUGCAAGCCUCAGCCGUUGCUUUACAUUGACGUGAAGAUUUCACAUGACAAGACAUCUCGACUUGUGUUAUAUAAGAACCAAACACCUGUUCAAGCUGCUACUGAAUUUAUCAGAGCACAUAACAUUCCUACUAAACUGCGAGCUUACUUGAUCUGUAAGGUGAAUGCCCACUAUGAACAGUAUAUCCAAAAGCGGAAUGACUAACUUCUUUCAACUUUGAUAAAA